AGACCGCUGACUCUUAGUGUGCGUGGAGUUACAAAAGUGACAACAUGAGCAAAGAAAAAAAGAAUAAAAGCGACAAUAAGACGGAAAAAGCUUUGGCUGCGGAGAAAGAGCAGUUUUCUAAACUACAGCUCCAGAGCAUCAGCAAAACACUCAUCUCCGGUGAAGUUCCACUCAAAGAGAAAUAUGUGCGCAACAUCAUCAUGGGGACCCAUAAGGAGGGCGGAGCCUCCACCUUCUGGUCCUACACCCUCAACCUGCCUCUGUCCAGCAACUCCAUGAUCAGCUGGAAGUUCUGCUACCUGCUGCACAAAAUACUCCGAGACGGACACAGAAAUUCUGUCAGAGAUUCUCACAGAUAUUGCCGCAACGUCAAAGACAUGGGAACUCUCUGGGGAAAAUUGCAUGAUCGAUACGGCCACAUUGUCGCCUUGUCUGCCAAGUAUCUCUGCUCAAAAAUGGAAUUUCAUGCAAAGCACAAAGUGAUCCCAGGCAAUAUGGAGGCCAGUGAUGAGACUCUGGACAGGGAGGCAGGAAACGACAUGACCAAAGUGUUAGACAUGACACAGGAACUGAUGGACUGCUGGGACGCUGGGCUGAAGAUGGAGGAGACAGUUCUGCGUCAGCUCGAUGCCAACGGAGCCAAAUCCACGACUCCGGCGGGCCAGUGCAGACUGACUCCUCUGAUCCCGCUCAUCCUGGACUGCAGCUUCCUCUACCACUUCUCCGUCCUGCUGAUGUUCAAACUGCACAGCCGUAUCGCUCCAGAUGUUCUUCUUGGACAUCGAGAGCGCUUCCGUGAUCUUUUUAACAGCCUCACACAGUUCUUCGACAGAGCGAGAGAAACAGAGUUCUUUAAAAGUAUCAUCCAGAUCCCAGAUCUCCCAGAUGCUCCUCCAAACUUCCUCCGAGCGGCGGCGCUGGGUGAGUACAGGAGGCCGGUGGUGGUGAUGCCCAACGAGGAGCGCCCCGAGGAGGAGGAGGUGGAGCAGGAGGUCAAGGAGGCGCCACAGCAGUACUAUUUGCUGAGCCAAAUGGGAGCAAAUGAAGUUCCAGUUGAGCCGAGAGAAACAGGGAAUGAGAGUCUGAAGAGAGAGCUGGAGGUGCUCAAACCAGAGCUGCAGCUCAUCAAGACUGAGGCUAAGCGGUGCAUCACUGAGCUGAAGUCUCAGGUGAACCGUCUGGAGGCCGAGGUGGAGGAGCAGCGCACACACAAACAGAUGGCCAUGGUGGAGAAGGAGCACCUGAGGAUGGAGGUGGAGGCUCUACGCUCCGCCAACGUCGCCAACGUCGGAGCUCAGAUCGGAUUCAAGGAGGCAGACAACAGAGCUCAGGCUGCAGAGCUGAGAUUCUCUCAACUCAAAGAGAGACACGCAGAGCUGAUCACCAGCCACGCCGACCUCAUGAAGAAGAAUGCAGAAACAGUGAAGUUGCUGUCAGGAACAAAACACGGUCAGGAUGAUUUGGUGAGGAACAAACAGCAGCUGGAAUACGAGCUGGAAAAUCUACGAAAGGAGAACAUGAACAUGAUGAAUCAGCAGCAGCAGGAGGCUCAGCGUCUCAACCAGGAGCUGCUGGAGCAACGAGCAGAGCUGGCUCUCCUCCGCAGCUCUCUGGAUAACAAGGAGAAGGAGGGAUCUCAGGUGAGCAGCAGCCUGGCGGCUCUGCAGGCGGAGCGAGACGUUCUGCUGCGAUCAGCCCGAGAGAAAGACUCGGAGCUGUCCUCUCUGAGGCUGCAGGCCCAGCAGCAGCAGGGCUCUCUGGACCUGGAGAGGGACCGGCUGCAGAGAGAGCUGGAAGCUCUCAGAGCUCAGCUGCAGCAGCAGCUUGCCAUCAAUGCAGAGCAGAAGCUGGAGAUCGACCGGCUGAGACGAGAGCUGGACUCGACUCGAGCCGAGUUAAAUCGUGCAAACGGCGCCCUGCAGAGCAAAGAAAUGAGCGGCACCCAGAUGAGCAGCUCGCUGGCGGGGCUGCAGGCGGAGAGGGAGGUGCUGCUCCGCUCCAUGAGGGAGCAGGAGGCGGAGCUGAACUCCCUCCGGCAGCAGGUGCAGCUCCACCACAGCUCCCUGGAGCAGGAGAGGCAGAGGAGCAGCAUGGAGCUGGGCAGCCUGCACAAUCAGCUGCAGCAACAGGCCUGUCGUGAAGGAGAGCUGUCCCAGAAGCUGCAGGAGGAGCAGUUCUGUCUGCUGCAGUGUGCCGUGGUGGAGGCUGAGGGCAUCAUACUGGACGCUGUGGCCAAACUGGAUGACCCCAUACAUGUCAGCUGCAUCAGCUCACCUGAUUAUUUGAUUAAUCGAGCUGAAAUCACUCUAUCUUCUAUCGACAAAAUGCAGCAGAGUCACGUUGUGUAUCUGGGAAACAGGAACGAUGCCAGCGGUUUGUUGAGAGCCGUCACACAGUUCUCUCACCUCGCUGCUGACACCAUCGUGAACGGAUCAGCCACGUCUCACUCUGCUCCCACCGACCAGGCCGACCGUUUGACUGACAGCUGUCGGGACUGUGCCAACCACUGCCUCCAGUAUCUGAAGGACCUGAAGCUUCAGGCCAGUUUACCGCGAGCCGAUCCCUCCGCCGUGCGCUACACCGUCCAACGCCUCCUCGCCCUGGGACAGGAUCUGCGUCCUAAAGGCCAGGACGUGCUGAAGGAGGAGCUGGGACACAUGGUGGACAAAGAGAUGCUCGCUACAUCGAAUGCUAUAGAAGAGGCCGUGCUGCGGAUGGACGAGAUUCUGAGUCAGGCAAAGAAAGACACAUCUGGUCUGAAGCUGGAGGUCAACCAGAGUAUUCUGGGAUCCUGUUCAGACCUGAUGAAGGCUGUUCACAUGCUGGUUACAGCAGCCACCGACCUGCAGAAAGACAUUGUGGAAGGAGGACGGGGUGCAGCGUCUGUGACAGAUUUUUAUGCCAAAAACUCUCGCUGGACAGAAGGACUCAUCUCUGCCUCUAAAGCUGUGGGCUGGGGCGCCACUCAGCUGCUAGGUUCGGCUGACCGUGUUGUGGGUGAAAAUGGAACCUACGAGGAGCUGAUCGCCUGCUCGCACGAGAUCGCUGCCAGCACGGCUCACCUGGUCGCCGCCUCAAAGGUGAAGGCUGAACGCAACAGCAAGAAGCUGCACACGCUGAAGCAGGCGUCACGCCACGUAAACGACAUGGCAGCCGUGGUCGUCACCUCCACCAAACACGGACAGAUGCAGAUCUCCGACCACGGUAUGAUGGACUUCUCUGGCAUGUCUCUGAUCAAACUGAAGACAGAGGAGAUGGAAGCUCAGGUGAAGGUUCUGCAGCUGGAGACUCAGCUGGAGCAGGAGAGGGUCCGUCUGGGGGAGCUGAGGAAGAGACACUACGACCUGGACCGCCCCGAGGGCCCCGGGGGCCCCGCCGACGGAGAGGACGGCGCCGACAGCUUCCCCCCGCCGCCGCCGCCCACGCUGCUCGACUCCACGCCGCCGCCUCAGACGCAGCCUUAUCUCGCUUCAACCAACCCGUUUGCACCAACAGCAACACCAGCACCAGCACCAGCACCAGCACAGUCCUUCUCUGUGGCUCAGUCCUACACACCAACAAACACCUACACAAACACUUCCUACACCCCGUCCCAGACCUACACCCCGACCCCAUCUCAGACCUAUACCCCCACCCUGUCCCAGACCUACACCCCGACCCCGUCCCAGACCUACACCCCGACCCCGACCCCGUCUCAGACCUACACCCCAUCUCAAUCCUACACCCCAACUCCGUCUCAACCCUACACACCAUCUCAGACUUAUACUCCACCUCAGUCCUACACGCCCUCGCAGCCUUACGUCCCCGCUCAGCCUUACACUCCACCUACAGCCUACACUCCGACUACGAGCCAGACUUACUUGACUCCUCAGUCCUACUCGCUGGCUCCGCCCUCCACCCAGUCCUCCAGCCUCUCCCGUCCUCAGUCUCCGUCUCUGCAGCGGGCGGCGAGCCCACAGAACGCCACCGAGACCAAACCCGCCACCAGGAGAUCCAACAUCUUCACCAAAUCGGGAAACUUAUUGAAGAAUGCGUUCAAACGAGGUGAAACAGGAACAGGAGAAUCUUGAAGCUGCACUGAAGAAGAAUCUAACAAAACAAUCACUGUUCAAUCAAUGUUAAAAACACAAAUUCUAUUCAAACGUUAUCUCUGGCUCUGUAAAAAAAAAAAAAAAAGUUAAUGGAGCUUAAAAUAAAUUGUUUCGUCAGUUAAAUGUGCAAAUUAAAAACAUCCAUUUAUUUUUGUAAUCAUACUGAAGCCUAUAUUGUAGUACUGAUUCUUGUCUUAUAAAUUGAUUUAUUAAAUAUCAUUAAAUCAUCUAAGACAAAAUAUAGUCGUAUGUUUCCUCUUGUUUCUGCUA